AAGAGCACAAGUGAUCGCUAUGUGAACACCUCGAGCUUCGAGUCGGGUCUUCCUACCGCUGUUGUGCUGGACAAGGGUGUCCCUAGUGCAGCUGGAGCCUGCGGGAGGAGCCCACGGGAGGAGCCCGCCUCAGCGAAGGGCUGGGCCACGUUCCCUCGGCUCUGCCCGGAGCGGCGCUGCCCCCUGGCUGCCUGUCCCUGAGCGGACGGGAACGCUUCUUUCUCUCAAGAUGAUGCAGCUGCGGUGACAUUUAUCGCUAUAGGCGGCUCGAGCCCCGAGCCAGGCCUUCCUGAUCGGAGCCGGCUAUCCCGCCUCUGACCGCUCCACAGCGGCUGCUCGGAGGGCGGGAAGAGCCGCCUCCCUUUGCUCCCCCGCCCCCUGUGCCGCUCACCCACCCGCCGCCUCCUCCGUCCGCUCAGGCGCUGCUCGGCCGCCCCGCAGGGUCCUGUCCGGGCGCGGAGCUGUCUCUGCGUGCAGCAUGGCGGCGCUGUGCCGGCGCAGGCAGCGCUUCCUGGGGCUGUUGGGGCCGUGCCGUGCGGUGCGAGCUCUCUCAGGAAAGAAGGAGUAUGACCUGCUGGUCAUUGGUGGUGGAUCUGGAGGCCUUGCUUGUGCAAAAGAAGCUGCUCAAUUUGGGAAGAAAGUGGCUGUUCUGGAUUACGUUGAACCUUCUCCACGAGGAACCAAGUGGGGACUUGGUGGAACCUGUGUAAACGUUGGCUGCAUUCCUAAAAAGCUUAUGCAUCAGGCAGCCCUCUUAGGGGGAGCUCUUAAAGAUGCCCAACACUAUGGCUGGAGUAUAGCCCACCCAGUUCAUCACAACUGGUCUGUGAUGGCUCAAGCUGUUCAGAAUUAUGUGAAAUCCCUGAACUGGGGACACAGAGUGCAGCUGCAAGACAAGAAGGUGAAAUAUUUCAACAUGAAAGGAAGUUUUUCAGAUCCCCAUACAGUCUGUGGUUUAGCAAAAGGAGGUAAAGAGACUAUUCUUACUGCUGAAAAAAUUGUCAUUGCUACUGGAGGAAGACCAAAAUAUCCUACACAUAUUGCGGGUGCACUGGAGUAUGGAAUCACAAGUGAUGAUCUAUUCUGGUUAAAAGACUCUCCUGGAAAAACGUUGGUUGUUGGAGCCAGUUACGUUUCUCUUGAAUGUGCUGGUUUUCUAACUGGUGUUGGAUUGGACACUACAGUCAUAAUGAGGAGUAUCCCACUUCGUGGAUUUGAUCAGCAAAUGGCAUCUUUAGUAACUGAACACAUGGAAUCCUAUGGCACCAAAUUUUUAAAGAAAUGUGUCCCAACGAAAGUUGAAAAAUUGGAAAGCAGCAGGUUACAAGUCACCUGGAGAAAUACGGAGCUGGACACAGAAGGAACGGAUUCCUUUGACACAGUGAUGUGGGCAGUAGGCCGGGUCCCUGACACUGAAACUCUCAAUUUGGAGGCUGUUGGAGUGAAAACUAAUUCUGAAACUGGAAAGAUCAUUGUUGAUGCCAAUGAAGCUACUUCUGUUCCUCACAUUUAUGCAAUUGGAGACAUAACAGAGGGCCGACCUGAACUGACACCCACAGCAAUAGCUGCAGGGAAACUGCUGGCAAGGCGUCUUUUUGGCCAUUCUUCGGAGCUGAUGGACUACAACAAUGUACCUACCACUGUUUUCACUCCCUUGGAGUAUGGUUGUGUUGGACUGUCAGAAGAAAAGGCCAUGGAGUGUUACGGAUCAGAUAAUGUUGAGGUAUUCCAUGCUUAUUAUAAACCUCUAGAGUUCACAGUGGCUGAAAGAGAUUCAGCUCAGUGCUAUAUAAAAAUGGUGUGCUUACGAGAGAGAGACCAACGAAUCCUUGGCCUUCAUUUCAUUGGACCAAAUGCUGGGGAAGUUAUUCAAGGAUUUGCUCUUGGAAUCAAAUGUGGUGCUACGUAUCCUCAGCUAAUGAAGACAAUUGGCAUUCACCCUACCUGCGCUGAGGAAAUUACCAAGUUGCAUAUUACAAAACGUUCCGGCCUGGAUGCAACAGUAACAGGUUGCUGAGGUUAAAUACCAUCCCUGGAAAGGAGGAAAAAAAGCACAAAAUAUAUUUGGAAAGAAAAGGGGCACUUGGAGUUGAAAUAGCUUUAAUAGCUUGAGUUCCAGGAACCUUUCUCAUUCCCCCCACACUUUUGCAAUUCACACUAACAAAUCCCUCUCUGUGUAGCAGGUAUCAGGCAUGGCUUUCCUUAGGUUCUGGAGUGGUGCUGUGGUUCAUUACCAAUCCCAAUACUGACCAGUAAGAGUUUGUGCUUGUAGAGGCAGGUUCCCAGAAGGUGCCAAACAAUAGCUACGGAGUCACCCCUUUUUUUCCUUUUAUUAUUAUAUUUUUAAUGUAGUAUGUAAUUAUCUGCAAACUUUUUCUUUUUUGGCCUAUUGACAGAGUAAUAACCAGUUGCAAGUUCCUACUAGUUUUCCUUCUGUCCACAAGGGGGAGAUGCUGGCUAAUUUGUGGCUAUGGAGAAUCAUUAGAAACCCGAUGAUUAAACUUCUUUUGCUGAAGAAAUAAGUUAAAUAAGUGUAAGUAGCCUGACAAAGGCACAACACAAAGCAAAUCGAAUUGCAGGCCAGGCUGCAUUUGCCAAUGUUUUGAUAUGUGCAGUCACUUCAUUUCUUGCAGCCUUUAUGGUGGAGUUAAUUUGUAGAAAAGGGGAAGAUGAACUUCAGGUAAAACGAAACGUGUCCUUUUUGCAGUUAAUCUGUUCUUGCAUGUGUAAUCUGAUAUUUCCAUAGCUGCUUUAUGUUCUGCUUGUUACACAUUUUGGAAGAGCAGUCUGAUGAUCAUGUCUAUCUCUUGUUACGCCCUUUCAGAUUUGCUGGUGCAAUUUUUCAUCUACCAAACCAUAAUAAUCUUGCACAGAAAUACUUCGAGUGGUAAUGUAGUCAGAAUUCUGCCUGAAUAUUGCAACUUCCUUUAGAGGAAAUGGUAUCAAAAUUUUGUAUCUGCAUGUGAAUGUAUGUAUACCUGCGCCUUCAGAAAUUUGUUUCCUUUCAUAGAGGUCCAAUGAGAAUGAUACACCAAAAAACCCUACCAGUUUUUCCCAGCUAUGAAAGUAUUUGCAAUAUUUGCAGUAAAUUAGCUUCUUUUUGUUUCUUUGUUUUUAAGACCACUUAAUAUUCCAAACCACUGAAAUACAGAGCACCUCACCCUGCAGAGAUUUUGCUGACAUCCCACUAAACUGUAAGGAGAUGGCUGCAAGAUCUUUCUCCCAGUGAUUACUUAUUGCUGUUCAUUUUGCUCCUACAAGUGAAAACAUCAGCAUUCACUCAUGUGGAAGGGGCUUCUCUCUGUCAUAGUAAUGCAUCCAGCAGACUGAAUUGUCUGUCUCUGCAGAGUGAUCAAUGGAAAGUUUAGUUAAUUUUCAGCCUUACAAUGAAUGAAAUUAUUUGGGACAGCCAAUGAAGAGAUCUUGAGAUGAGGAAAUGUGUCCUGAAUGUAUUCAGUGUUUGAAUCUGAUGCCUGUAAGCAUCCUUCAAAUAACAGAAGUCUCUUGGUUUUAUAGUUGCUAUGUGGGCAUCAUGAAAAUGAUCCUAUGUUAUGUACUGCAGCCUAGUUUUACUCCGCAUUUAAUGGAAAGCAUUGCCAGCUGAAGUAGAACUAAAUGUUUAUUCACACCUACAUAAACCUAAUGUCAGAAUCGACAGUGAGACAGAAUAAGGAGAGUAGCGUGAUUUGUGCUUUUUUUCCUGAAGGAUCCUUUUCCUAACUUUCCGGGAUGGUCCUUACAAACUGUUUUGAAAAGCCUGGCUGAUGUCAGCUGAGAUGGGCUGAUGUGUGCCACGCAGCACUGAUUAUGUGUGAAAGUUAAAAUAAUCCUAGUUUUUUUCUCAGGAUUCCAGCUGAUGAUGGCUUGUUUGUCAAACCACACCAUGGUGCAGGCAAGUCUGAGCACUGCUGGGUCCCUUGUGUAUUGUCUGAUAUUUAUUGUGUUGUGAAGUAAUGAGUUAAUAAAGAACGUAUUUUUUAGUAAA